AUGACCGGGAAAGUCAACAGAGACCUUUUUUUUAAACUAGCUUCUGAUCUUCGAGAAGAACGUCUACAUGCAGCUGUCGCCUUAAUAGAGGACUUAUCCGCAUUAGAUUUGCCCAGCGAUGCAGAAGAAUGGUCUUACGUAUUGAAUCGUUUGAUUAAAGGUUUGGCGUCUGAUAGAAAUAGCGCGAGGUUAGGAUUUUCUUUAUGUUUGACGGAGGUAAUCAAUUUAGCUGUUAAUAUGCCAUCAGGUCAACGUCCAAAAGGCUUAGAAUCAGCGAACGACUUCUUGAGCACAUUGUCAACUAUUUUAGACGUUAAUCUUAAUGAGAGCAAUAAAAAAUCCAUAAAGGGCAAAGAGGAGCGUGGAAUUUUAUUUGGGAAGUUAUUUGGUUUGAAAUCUUUAUUGAAUGAACCUUUAUUCUCAGAAACCUUUGUUAAAGAUUUAAAAAAGGGAAACACCGAAUUUUUUAUACGAUUUGCAGAACAACUAAUCGACCUGGCUCUAAAGAAAAACUGGAUUAAAGAACCAUGCUUCUUUACCCUUUUCCAGACCAUGAAAAUGCUGUUACCUUUUAUGAAUGAAAAUACCGCCGUAAAAAUUCUUCUGAUAUAUGAUAAAUAUAAUUUGACACUAACGAAUGAGGGAUUGUCGACUUAUUUGUUGCUGAAAUAUGAGGGUGAUGAAAGUCUAAUUCCUUCUGUGCUAGAUUUGAAAAACUCAGCUUGGAAAGAUAACGAUCCUUUGGCAAGAGGGAACCUACCUCUUUUAACAAAAGUUUUGAGAGACUCUUCUGUAAUUCCAGAUAACAAUGGAAAUUCGAAAGACACGAAAAAGCAAAAAAACACGAAUUGGAACCCAAGGCUGCAUUAUGUUUGGAGUGCUUUGUUACCAUUGUUUGGUAAUGAAAAAUUGGAGAAUACCGACCAUAUUUCAAAGAAAAGGAAGAAAACCAGCAAUAAAAAGGCUCAAAAUUCUAUUCAGUUUCCAGAGUUUUGGAAAAUGGCCGUGGACGAAUCAUUUUUUAAUGAAAAAGCUUCUAGCGAACGAAAAUAUUUAGGCUUUCUAAUAAUCGAUGCAACUUUCAAAACAAUUCCCGGCUCUUAUAUCGGCUUUUGCUUCAGCCAAAAUGUUAUGAGAACCUUGAUCAACCAAUCCAUAGAUUCACAAAGAGCUUUGAAUAAGAUUGCUCAAAUAACGUUAGACUCCAUCGUGAAGGCGUGUGAAGAAGAUCCUUUGAACAAACUAGUACCCUGUCUAAAUGCGAUGUUAUUCGGUCCUCACGGUUCCGUAAAUUUUGAUAAGUUAACAAAAUCUGGCACCGUCUCCAAACUUAUUACAAUUAAAGAACUGCCUUCGACUAUUUUUGCCCAAUUGCUCGAUGUGUUUUUACUACAGUUGCAGGAAAAAAAGGGAGACUUGUCUCAUACACAUUUUAUUCUUGAUUCCAUACUUCAUAUAAUCCGUGCGCAUAAAGUUGAAAUCAAUGACAUGGACAUAAUGAAGCCCGUGCUGACGCCGAUCGUAUAUAUGGCAUUCUUCAGACAUACACCUGAUGAUCAGAAGUUAGAACAGCUGCACGAAGUGGCCAAAGAAAGGCUUUAUUCAAUCCUGGGCGAGUUGACAAUCAACAAAGAAAUACGUUCCAAAGACCCCCAAAUAAACUCAUGGCAGUAUCUGACAUUAAAGUUAAUACUGGACAUGGAAAAAUCCCAUACAGGAGAUCUAAUCAAUCCACUUGACGAAAAUUUAGAAAAGACAAAAAACGAAGCUAUAUCUUCCUUGACUGAAAUCUGCAGGUCGAGAACUGCUCAAUCUUGGGGUCUAAGCACAUUGUUAUCUAUGUGCUUAAUACAGUUAUAUGCGGGCGAAACUGAUUCUAUUUCUGUGAUCGAAGAACUUUGCGAGUUUUCCAAACGCGAGAAUAACUCGAUGGUAGGUAUCACUGAAAUAUUACUAUCACUUUUAGCCCAGAAAAAGGCCUUACUCAAGAAGUUGAGUUUAAUAAUUUGGCAGCAAUUUAUCGAAGAGGUUGGGUUGGAAGAAUUACAAAUUUUGUUAGAUAUUUUAAAAGCAAGAGAAAACAAGCAAGGUUUUGCUCAGCUAUUCGAAGGAGAAGAUGAAUUUGAAGAAAUCAAAGAAGAAGAAAGUGCUAGUGAAAAUGAAUCGAAAACUGAAAGCGAAAGCGAAAGUGAGAGUGAUAGCGAUGAUGCUGAUGAAAAAGACGAAGAAGAUGAGGCGAAUGAAGAUGUUGUGAAUAUCGAUAAAGAAGCCACAAGCGCCUUGGUGAAAGCGUUAAAUUUACCUGAUAACAUAGUCAAUGAUAAAGGGGAAGUUGACAUGGAUCAACUUGAAGGACUUUCUGAUGAUGACGAAGACGAUGAAGACGAAGAAUCCAUGGAUGAUGAAAAAAUGAUGGAAUUAGAUGAUCAGUUAUCCGAAAUUUUCAAACGUCGUAAAGAAGCGUUAUCGAACAUAUCUACUGGAAAUCAGAGGAAAGUAGAGGUGAAACAAUCUAGGGAAAAUGUUAUCUCGUUCAAGCAUAGAGUUGUCGAUAUGUUAACCGUUUAUGUCAAAUACUGUGAAAAAUUGACUAUUGCUAAUAAAGGUGAAGGUUCUGCCGACCUAACAAGCCCAUUGAGCAAGCUGGUCUAUUUUAUUAUCCCAAUGCUGAAGUGUAUCAAUGAGACUCUUGAUAAGCCACUUGCGGACAAAAUUUCUAAAUUGUUGAAGGGUAAGAUAUUCAAGAUAAAAGUAACUGCAUUUAAAGACAUGGACAAAAAAAUUGAACUUAUGGACUUAUUGAAAUCAACACACAAGGUGAUGCUGACUUCUAAGCCUGGUCAGCAUGCCGCAAUAUUCUAUUCAGCGUGCUCGACCAGUUCACUAUUUUUGAGUAAAAUAUAUGUUGAGAUCGGUGGUAACGAUAAGCUUGACGAAUUGAUUGACUUGUACACUGCAACUACCAAAGAGUGGAUGCAAAAAGGAAAAUUUGGAGCCAACGUUUUCAUCGAUUUUAUCAAUUGGUUAUCUUCAAAAAAGCAAAGUGUAGCGAAUAAGAAAUAA